UGAUGACAAAUAGAAAAAUUCAAUGAAGUUGUGGCACAGUAGCCUGCAUUCAGGGUCCAUGUGAUCUUAUUUUGCUCUCUGUUGACUCUGUCCCUUCGGAUCAUCAAUCCCCUCUGCCUCUGAUGCCUACAUAAACGCUUCCCCAACCCCACAUCCAAUUCACUCUGAAAUUUCUCCUCACGAACCACAAUCAAAAAAUGGCAAUGGCAAUGGCAAUUCUCUCCUUCUUCCUCUGUCUUCUGAUCACUACAGCCGCUGCAGACUGGAACAUUCUGAACCAGAGGACCAAAAGCGGCCUCAAAAUCAGCCUAAAAAACUACUGCGAGGGCUGGCGAUUGAACGUCGAGCUCCACAACAUCCAAUACUUCCAAGUGGUUCCCGAGGAAUGCGUGAGCUACAUCGGCAAAUACGUCUCCUCCACUCAGUACAGAGUCGAUUCCGAGAGGACCAUCGAAGAGUGCGUCGUGUACCUCACCAAAGCCUGCGCCCUCAAAGGCGACGGCACCGAUGCUUGGGUCUUCGACAUCGACGACACCCUCAUCUCCACCGUGCCUUAUUACAAGAAAAACCAAUAUGGGGGCAAGAAAUUGAACCUGACGGAUUUGGAGGCGUGGAUGAGCAAGGCGAAUGCGCCAGUUCUCGCGCACACGCUCAGGCUUUUCAAUCUGUUGAAAGCGAGAGGAGUGGACAUUAUUUUGAUUUCUGCGAGAAGGGAAAAUAUCAGAUCGGCCACCAUUGAGAAUCUUGUUCAGGUGGGCUACCAUGGGUGGACCAAUCUCAUCUUAAGGAGCGCUGAAGAUGAGAAGAAGGGAGUUGCGAAAUACAAGGCAGAUGCGAGAAGGCGAUUGGUGAAUGAAGGAUAUUACAUUUGGGGGAAUGUGGGAGAUCAAUACAGCAGCAUUGUGGGAAGUCCAAAUGGAAGAAGAACAUUCAAACUUCCAAACCCAAUGUACUAUGUUUCUUGAGUUAUCAAAUUUCGAUCUGCUUUUGGAUUUUGACUCCAUCAAUGAACGGCGGCGAGGAUUGUGAUUUCAUAUAUAUGGAGAGAGAUGUGAUGAAUAAGCUGUAUUUUGUAUUGGUAUGGUUUGAUUGUAGAUCAAUCACGUUGGAUCUUUAGCUCUGAAGAUUGGGAAAAGCUAGAGGGUGAAUGCAUUUUGAUCUAAGAGAGAGAUGAUGAAUAAGUCUUUAUUUUGUAUUGGCAUCGUUUUCUUUUAAAUCAAAUCAUGUUGGAUCUUUGGCUGUA